UUCCCUUCGACCAAUCAGCCCUUGACAGUUGACAGGAAACGCAAAGUAUUUGGCCUCGGUGACCAAUCAGCGACAGCGGACGGUCGGUUUGUGCCGUCCGUUAUCCCCACGUGACCCUCCUCAGUAGUUCCCAGGCGGUCACAUCGGCAACCCGGAGACUAUGGAUCAGAGGGUUGGGUUAUUCGUUCUUCUGGCAGCAGGCCUCCUCUGCCUCAGCUUGGCCCCCGUCUCUCAGGCCGAGGACCUGGUUGAGGACAGUCUGGGCGACGACGUGGACGUGGAGGACGAGCUGGAUCUGGGUUUGGCCGGAGCUGACGAGGACGAGCUGGAGGGGGACGCCCAAGAUGAAGCGCCACCUGCACCCAAAACUCCUGCUGCACCCAAGGUGACCUACAAGGCUCCAGAGCCGAUGGGGGAACAUUUCAUCGCUGAGUCUUUUGACCGGGGGACGCUUGACGGCUGGGUGCUGUCCAGCGCCAAGAAGGAGGACACAGAUGAAGACAUCGCAAAGUAUGACGGUAAAUGGGCGGUGGAGGAGAUGAAGGACAGUAAGCUGCCUGGUGAUAAAGGUCUGGUCCUGAAGUCUCGAGCCAAACAUCACGCCGUCUCGGCCCAGCUGCUGCGACCUUUCACCUUCGACACCAAGCCCCUCAUCGUCCAGUACGAGGUGAACUUCCAGGCAGGGAUCGACUGCGGCGGCGCCUACGUCAAGCUGCUGACCCAGACUCCUGACCUCAACCUGGACCACUUUGUGGAUAAAACUCCGUACACCAUCAUGUUUGGACCCGACAAAUGUGGAGAAGAUUACAAGCUGCACUUCAUCUUCAGACACAAAAACCCCAAAACAGGAGAGUACGAAGAGAAGCACGCCAAGAAACCCGACGCCGACCUGAGGACGUACUACACCGACAAGAAAACACACCUGUACACGCUAG